CGAUAACCACGACGACCAGCAUCUCCACAAGGACGCGGAUCAUCACCCUCUGCAUGAUUCGUAAGCGCGCUCACUCCGAGGACUCUCACGCCGACUGUCUGCCCGCGCCCGCGCCAAAGAGGCAGAAGCCGGCGGUCCUCCCUCACACCCCCGAGACGCUCGCCGACUCGCACUCCAGCCCAGCGCAACCCAAAGCCAGCCCUUCGUCGCCCCACGCCAGUCCAUCCCUGCCGCACGCGCCCCUCACGCACGAGAACCUCCGAAAGUGGGAGCAGUCGAUCGCCUCAUCCACCCAGCCGAAGUCGCGUCCGCCCAUGACAGGCUCGACAACGUCAGACGGUGGGAGCAGCACCACCGUCGACGAACGCGCCAAGCUCGAGGCUUACGGCAUCUUCCCCACGUCCGACGCCGCCCUGCCACCGCUGCUCGACACACACGUGAUAGACGUCAUCCGGCGGGCGCGAGACGGGCCGCUCUCGCCCGCUGCGAGACUCGUCGCGCGCAACCAGAAACGAGCACAGGCUGCAAACGAGGCCACGGGCAUCUCCUACCUGGCGCCUCACCUGCUCUUCCUGGGAGAGGCAGACGAUGGCGAGCCGUACGUCCACCGUGUCAAGAACUGCAACCUGAACCGCCAGUUUCUGCCCUCCGCGCCCGACGCCUUCAUCCACGCCCAGGUCGGCAAGCUCAGCCAGCCACAGCCAGACGACGCCAUCGGCUACAUUCCCGUCCAUGUCGCCGCGUCCAGCGACGUCACAAACUGCCCUCUGACACGUGACGAGGAGGCUGUCAUCAUGCGCGACCUGCUCACUCCCGACCUGCACUUUCCCUUCCUCACCUGCCAGUGGAAGAGCGCCAAGGGACGCGACAAGCACUGGCACGCCAUGCAUCAGAGUGCUCGAGACGGCGCAGCCAUCAUUAACCAUCUGCACGCCUUUUACACCGAAGCUGGCAUCUCUCCAUCCGUCGUCGACACAUGUCACUUCUCCCUUACGUGCGACUUCGAGUCGGCGUAUCUGUUCGUGCAUUGGCGGGAGGACGACCAAGCCAAAUCGCCAACUUACCACAUGAAGAAGAUCGAGCAGUCGUUCCUGCGCGACCUGCACGACCCCAACAAUCCUACCAUGGUCUGCUUGCGAGGUCGGCUGCGCAACAUCCUCGACUUCGCGCUAGGACCUCGCCUCGAUCGCAUCAAAGCGACUAUCCCAAUACUCAAGGCCGUCAAGGCGCAGAAGCGCGCUCGUGUCUCGCCUACGCGCAGAAUGUCCAAGAUGUCUCACACCACCGCGUCUGACCAGGGAUAUGGUGGGAGUAUCAAUCUGUUUACAGGUACGCCUAGUCUGCCGCCACCGAGCCCAACAACCUCGCCUGAUCCGAAAAGGCGCCGGUGUUGAGAAUAGGCGUGCAGAUGUUGGGGGUCGGCCUAAACUAAUAUAGCUCAGAGAAUAAAGCAAGCGAAUCCAGCUGGGGAUGAGUAGAUGCAGGAUAGAUUUUGAACAGGAAAUCGCGCCUUGUAGGCAUAAAAAUAAGCACAAGAAUUGAUAAGAUUAAUAUAACUAUCUACAGUAACAAUAAAAUCUUUUA